CAAGGCAGGGAGUGUGUCACAAAAGGCGGUCGCUGGGGAGACGGGGUGGCAGAGAGCCGACAGGCAGUCAGACAGAUACAGCCAGCGAGCGGCGGCCAUGGGCACCUUGGUCGGGGCGAUUGACCAGGGCACCAGCUCCACCAGGUUCUUACUCUUCAAUCCCAAGACGGCUAAGGUUGUGGCUGAUCAUCAAGUGGAAAUUACACAGCACCUUCCAGAUGCAGGAUGGGUGGAAGAGGAUCCCAAGGAAAUUUUGCAUUCAGUUUUUGAAUGUAUUGAGAAGACAUGUGACAAAUUGAAGCAACUUGGCAUAGAUAUUUCCAGUGUUAAAGCAAUUGGAGUAAGCAAUCAAAGAGAAACAACAAUCAUGUGGGACAAAAUGACAGGAUAUCCGCUCUACAAUGCAAUUGUGUGGCUCGACCUCAGGACACAGGCAACUGUGGAAAAGCUCAUCAACCAAGGACCAAAGAAAGACAAAAAUAUUCUUCAGGCACAAACUGGUCUCCCGAUUAGCACCUAUUUUAGUGCUGUGAAACUGCGUUGGCUCCUUGACAAUGUGGAAGCAGUUAAACAAGCUGUAGCCAAACAACGGGCUAUGUUCGGGACAGUUGAUUCUUGGCUUAUAUGGUGUUUGACAGGUGCAAACAAUGGUGGUGUUCACUGCACAGACGUGACCAAUGCGAGCAGAACUAUGCUAUUCAACAUUAACACUCUUCAAUGGGACCCUGAUCUCUGCAGCUUCUUUGGCAUUCCAAUGAGUAUUCUCCCAGAAGUAAGAAGUUCGUCGGAGGUUUAUGGAAUAAUGAAAUGUGGAGCGCUGGCUGGUGUACCCAUUUCGGGAUGUUUAGGCGACCAAUCUGCUGCCUUGGUUGGACAAAUGUGUUUUAAACCUGGAGAAUCGAAGAAUACAUACGGUACAGGUUGUUUCCUCUUGAGUAACACAGGUCAAAAGCCUGUGAUGUCUCAGCAUGGCCUUCUGACAACAAUAGCCUAUAAAUUGGGCAAAAACCAGCCGACAAUCUAUGCACUGGAGGGAUCAGUUGCUAUUGGUGGUGCUAUAGUGCGCUGGUUGCGAGAUAACCUUCGCAUAAUCAGUUCAGCGGAUGAAGUGGAAAAACUUGCUGCAUCAGUGGGUUCCUCUCAUGGCUGCUAUUUUGUGCCAGCCUUCUCAGGGUUAUAUGCGCCAUAUUGGGAUACAACAGCAAGAGGAAUAAUAUGUGGCAUAACCCAGUUUACAAGCCGAAAUCAUAUUGUAUUUGCUGCAUUAGAAUCUGUCGCCUUUCAAACUCGCGAGCUUCUUGAGGCCAUGAAUAAAGACUCUGGCAUCGUUCAGACUACUCUCAGAGUGGAUGGAGGAAUGACCAAAAAUAAGAUAAUGAUGCAACUUCAAGCAGAUAUUCUCGGUAUAUCAGUUGCAAAGCCGGCGAUGGCAGAAACGACAGCGCUCGGAGCGGCCAUGGCUGCCGGUGCUGCAGAGGGUAUUGGCGUCUGGAACCUGUCCGGUGACAGCCAAUCAACGACAUCCUGGGAGACAUUUGACCCACAGAUCGACAUUGAAGAAAGUGACAAACGGUUUCGUCGCUGGAAGUUGGCUGUGCAAAAAUCAAUGGGCUGGGCAACGCAUGACAUUGAAAAUGACUCUGAUAAUUCAUAAAGCUGAAGGAAAUAAUGUAAAAGGAUGGAAAGAUGCCAUUCGGUGCUUUGUAAUCUUGCAGCUCCGGAUGGUCUACAGUUCUCAAGAGCUUCCAGUCAACUGUCUUCCUCAUGAAUAGUUUGCCUUUUGGUAUUUGGAUACAGCAAAUCAAAAGUAAAGCAUUAAUUGAAAGUGCCUUUCGGAUAUUAACGAGAUACAGAUAUAGGUGCUGGUACUUUAAUUACAGAGUCCAAUAGAGAAAAGACACCAAGUUUAAAAAUUAUUUUGGACAAUUAGAUUGCGAAACAGGAUAAAAUAUACAGUAUCAUAGUGGAAUUAUCGAAUGCACUGUAUAAAAUUAAAAAUUCAGGACUUGCACUUUUGCACUCUCUCAAACUGAGACGGUUCUUCACUGGUUCUUCACUAGUUUGUUUUAUGCCAGAUUAUGAGCUUGCUAGGGUUAAAUCCUAACAAACUAGCACUUUCUCAUCCAGUCAAGGGGCCCUUUAUGACAGAAUGUCUCUUACAAUGGAUGGGCGACAGCGGACAGAAAUGACUUACCGUUAUUGAUACACAAAAAAGGAGGGAACGGCAUCAAUGAACUCAGUGACAGGAGAAACAAAAGAGAGAUGCAGAUUUGAGCAAAGGGAAGAAUUUGUAAAUGCAUAAAUCCACAAUGCAAUUAGAAUGCUGCUCCAUAUUAUCCACAGGAUCAGUUUUGAUGUUAGGAUCAAGUUAUUUCAGUUAAUUGUAAUAUCAUUAAAACACAAUACUAUGACCCCAAAUCAAGCCCUCAGAAUUGCAGAUGAGCACUUGAAUGAGAUGACUUUUGCCCGGGUCGCUUUUCACAUACCUCAGCACAGAUUAAGAAAUCCAAACUUUUUAAAUUAAACUCGAGUUUUUUUUUUCAAUUAAUUAUCUUUGAAUAGGAAUUCUACUCAGGACAAUUUUAGGUAGAAUCAAAUGCUGUUCAACAGGAACAGAAAUAUAAAAGAAUGGAAAUGUGAUGCCUGGAUACUGAAGAAAAAUUCUGACGAAAGUAAACAUUAUUAAACAGUCUGAAUAAAUACCGGCAAGUUGGUAGAAAAUUAGUGCAAUCAGCUGAUUUGAAUUCUGCCAUAUAGCAUCAAAUAAAUACUCGAACAUGGACUGUAAUAAAACGGAACUGGAAUGAUGGUUUAUACCAAAGAUAGACACAAAAUGCCGGAGCAGGCAGCAGUUCUGUAGAAAAUGGAAAGGUAACGUUUUGAGUUGGGACCAUUCUUCUGACUAAUUUUAAGGUGGGGAGGGGGGUGACUGGAAGCAAGAAAAGACCUAUCAGGGAACCACCCUGCCUGUGGUCAUCUGUUGCUGGCCCUAAUUUUUCCUGGUCUUUUCUUGCAUCCAGUCCUCCCACUCCCCUCAUAAUCAAUCCGAAAAAGGGUCGAAACCCGAAAAGUCACCUAUCAAUUGUAUCCAGAUCCGCUCCAUGAUGCCUGACCUGCUGCUGAGAUACUCCAGCAUUGUGUGUCGAUCUUUCGGAUAUGGGCUGUAAUUGGUUUGGCACCUUUAAUUCUUUCAAUUCAUCACAGUAGAAGCACCAAUUGUAAUUUGAUUCAAUGAAAAGUUACCUGAAAUAUCAUUUAAAAAAAUGUAUACUAUAUGGUGAGAACACAAGAAGCCUGUUUCAUAAGCCACUGCAAUUACCUGGGAAAAUUGUAGCACCAAACUUGUUUUUUGAUACAAAGGACCCAGUGGUGAUUACCCAAUAAAUGUCUCUGACCACC